AUGUAUUGGACAAAGCAAUGGCUUUGCCUUGUGAUUUUAUCCGUUACUUUCAAAUGUGCUGUAGGUUUCUGGUUUCCUUCACAUUUAGAGACGGGAAUAAGUGCUGUGAAGAAAGCAUCGAGAUGGAACAUUCCAUGGCUAAACAUCGGCAUACAAUGUAACGGCUGUCCACCAAAGAGUUGCGAGGAUGAUGAGGCCGUCAUACAUGGAUACUGCUGUGGGUGCGCGUAUUCUGGCGACCGACUUCCAGUGAUGUGUCCUCAGUUCCUUCAGUGUCCACUUAACCUGCAAGGACUCUGUCACGACUACGAGUAUAUGAUGCGAUGCUGUUGUUAACUGGAAAGAAGUGGGUCGGAAC